AAUAAAAUCUUUCUACGAAAUAUUUAAUAUCUUUUAUGUAUGUAAUAAAAGUACACUGUUCUUUUAACACGUUCCCUACUAAGUCGUUUUUGAGUAGUUGUCAUUUCCAGGUCAUAUAUCAAAAACGAUACAUGUUAUAGAAUUUGAAUUGAAUAUGUAAACCUUAUCUAUUUUUUCGCUUUUUGUAAGCUGAAAAUUUAUUUUUUAGUAGAAUAAAUAGUGAAACUUGAUGCAACUUAAUAAACAUUAUUAUAGUGCAAUGUAAUAGUAAUGCCAACAAUUACUUUUUUUGCAUUUUAUCUACCAAUGAUAAAAAUAUAUUACUUAGCUUGAAAAUGAGUUUCAGUGUACCGAAAAUGGUACACGCGGCAGGGAACGUAUUAAGAACCUUUUCAUGCAGUUUAUUUUUGAGUUAAUUGAACAAUUUAAAAAAAUUCAGAUAAUUCAACAAAGUAUUAUAUUAACUACCAGUAAUUCUCUCUACACUCGUCUAUAAUGAAGAAAAAUUGCUUCCAAAUUAGUAAAGCUUUCUUGUUGCAUCAGAGACCUGCAUGAAUUUUAUGUCUAGUACCAUGCUUGAUAUUUAACCAAGUGGAUUACCGAACGUGUGUGAUGUUUAUCUAUGAGCGAUCGACGCGAGUGCGAGCGAUGCAAAUGUAAUGCUAGGUGAAAAAAAUGAGGAGAGCUUGCCGAACGGGAGAAAUUCCGGGGAGGGAACCAGGGAUAUAUAUGUACCGACGAACGUACAAGGAGUACGUUGACCUGAAAUGACCUGACCUGCGACAACCCAACGUGUCCGACGAUAAACUGCCGUAUAUCAAAGUAAUCUCAUGCGCGGAUCAUCGGUUCCGAUAUAUAUAUAAGUACGUUACGCGGCGGCUGCGCUGCGCCACUUUUACAUAGAUGGAAAUAUACGCAGUCUUCCGCAUAUAUGCAUACGUCGACAGGAGUAAUUCGAUAAUGUUACAUUUCAGCCCCGAAAUCAUAUAUUAAUCGCCUUUUUCUAGCGAUAGAAAAUUUUCUUUAUCCAAGAAGUAUCCUUCUUCGAGGUCUUUCGACAUCUCGAACAUCUCGAGUUCGAUACAUGAUGCAAGCAAGAUUCAUAAAUUCUGAGUUUAAAUAAUAAUAAUCUUUUUUUUAACAUUAUCUAGUCAUACAAACAUGGACCGUUUUGUCGAUCACUGUGUUCACCGCGAUUACGAUUUUAGGCGAAUAUCAUGCUCAAAGCUCAAAGUAAGCGGCGUCUUUAUUUCGGCUGUGCUAAACGAACGCUCAAUAUUCAUUUGUAUUAUUCAUCUGUCGACGCAAAGUUGACACCGGAGUGCGCUUUCUAGAAAUAUCCAGGUGGGGUUGUAGGCGAACACGUGACCAGGAAACGUGCCUGCCGGUGCACGUGGACGCAGGCACAUCCCCCGACAUCAGCCACCGACGCGCCUCGUGCCUUCAACCCUCUUUCGUUUCGAGUCGGACGAGAGGCUUCUGCUGCUCUCCUCAGUCAUCGUCGAGUCUCUUCGGGCUACGUGCGUGCAAAAUAGCACCGACGAUCUUCGCGACAAACACGUUCUUGUCAUCUCCGACCGCACGCGUAAAUCUGCUGCAAGUUGCCCUGUUCGCGACGCUAUGGUGCAUUCAUCUGUAAUUCGUCAGGACCACGACUGCGUCCUCGCUGAUUCGGGCCGCGAUACGGCAGUGACAAUCGACAGAUUCAAGCGACGGCAUCUCGUGGAAACCGGCCGGAUUCGCGCAAUAAUGCAACAGGUUUAAUUCGCGACGGUGGAUCAUCGAUCGCGACGCAACGGGAGCUGCUGUUCUAUGGGAAUGCCCGACAGUUACGACGGAACGUAACGCUUGUUCCCUCGUGAUCGUGAUUUUAUUAUUUAUUUUACACUAUACUCUGUAAUACAUCUGACUUGUUCUGCUUUUAUCACAUUUCGUGGUGCAAUUUUUCAACAUAAAUUUCAGUUAAAGCUAAUACUAUUUUUACAGAUUUUUAUGUCUGUAAUCCUUUCUAGGAUUGUAGCAUCUAUGCCAAAAAGUAGAAUAAAAUCGUGCAUCUAAAACUUUGCUUUAUUAUUUGUUCCAUAUAUCCCAUUAAAUAGACAAAAUGAAGAAAGUUGAUGUAUCUUUCUGCUAUUAAUUAUUUAGAUGAUAUGGUACUACAUUUGCAAAAUUGGAUGAAGUAUUACGGAGUACAUUUAUAUAUCUUUGUACGCGCUUGUACACACACGAAAAACAAUUUUUUAAUCCGCGCUGAUACUUGUGCAUCGUCUAUAGGACUCGUGGACAGUGUGACAAUCUGCCAAAUUAUGCAUAAAGAAACCAAGAAAAGUAAAAUGAUAAAACUAUUAUUGUAAAUGAUGAAAUUUAACAGACUAUACAAAUGCAUUUCUCGAAAAGAAAUUGCAAAACUGCAGUCCAAACAAACAUCAAUCAUCGUUAAAUUUUUAUCUGGAUGUACUAAAAAUCUCUCAAGUGAGUGAAAAAACAAUAUCUCCCUGGCAAGGAUAACGGAUAAUCAAACCACCAUCUUUGGUGGUUUGAUGGAUACGGUCCGAGGCGAGUGAGUCUGGAGUGAUAAAAUCAUCCUCCAUUCAGAUCCUACGCACUUUACCAGCAUAUCCAAAAAAGAAGAAUACUCGCUGAAUCGAGGAUGGAUUCUUGCGGCUGGAUUCGAAUGGGGAACGAGGGGGGUGAAGGAAUGGCCAGUGCGAACGCCACUUCUUGGCAGCAGUGUUACACCUGGUGCACGCCGUACUCGCAUCCUACCCACCAUCAUCACCCACAUCAUCCCCGUCAAUACCAGGAUAAUCAGUAUCAACAGCUACCCAGUAGCACCUCCGCUGCCGUGAACGCUUCCAGCCACUAUUCAUCCUCCCAGCAGCAUCAUCUGCAGCUGCAAACCGCUCAGCCACCGCCUCUGGACCAGCAGCAUCCUCUUCACCCUAUCAGAGAACAGACCGGACUCAGAAGAGCCAUUCCUUACGACGGACCAGGUGACCCCAUGAUAACAUCCUCUCUGAAGGGGAAACAAGGUAAAGAUGGGCCAGAGGAAAAGAAGGAUGCUGACGGCGAACUUUGGGGCAACGUGGAAGCGCAGGCCGCCUUCCUCGGUCCCAAUCUUUGGGACAAAACUUUGCCCUACGAUGCCGACCUGAAGGUAUUGAACCAUUACGUCGAUCUCGAUGAGUUUCUUUCCGAAAACGGCAUCCCCGUCGACGGUGUGGCUGGCGGCGGACAAGGUGCUAUGCAGGGUAGUCAACUUCAUAAAAUCAACAACACCGAGGCCGCCGGACACCAGGGACCAGCGAGUCUCCAUCUGGAGCCAGUUACCAAGCGCGAGAGGUCACCAUCGCCUAGCGAAUGCUGCUCACCGGACACCCUGAACCCACCCUCUCCCGCGGAUUCCAAUUCCGAGGACUCGUCACGAAUACAAUAUGGCUUGUCUCUUAUAGCGCUCUCGAUGGCCUCAUCGGGGCGAGACUUCGAUCCCCGCACCAGGGCCUUCUCCGACGAGGAGCUCAAACCUCAACCUAUGAUCAAGAAAUCGCGGAAACAGUGGCCUCAGUUCGUUCCGGAUGACUUGAAGGAUGACAAAUACUGGGCGCGUCGUAGGAAGAAUAAUAUGGCAGCGAAACGAUCGCGAGACGCGCGCCGCAUGAAGGAGAACCAGAUAGCACUCAGGGCCGGCUUCCUCGAGAAAGAGAAUAUGGGUCUACGGCAGGAGCUGGAUCGGUUAAAAAACGAGAAUAUGUUGCUGCGCGACAAAUUGAGCAAGUACACGGACGUCUAACACCUCGUCGUCGUCCAUGCAUCAACUCGAGCGACACAGAGAGAGAGAGAGACGCGGACAUGAGGGCGCGUAACACCAACUGCAGCUCCCUCGCUUACAGCCGCAGCGCGUAGCAGUCUUCACCUUUGCGGAGAAAGCGAAGAGGAUGCGAAGCGUAUUGAACGAAUACCACGAAUCCCGACCCGACUGCCGCCGCCCUAGAGCCGACAACUAACUUCCUGAAAAAUCUCCGAAGACCCCUAUUCUCGACUUCUCUCUCUCUCUUUCACCAUAGAUGAAAAAUUCUUGAGUCCUCGCUCCUUGUCCCGCUCUAGAAAACUCCACAAACACACCACUUGUAAAUAGUUAUAUGUAUAGUUAGAUUAUAUACACAUAUACACGCGCGUGCGCGCGUUAUAUAUGGAUAUAUAUACAUAAAGAAUAUAUAUAUAUAUAUAUAUAUUCGUAUAUGUAUGAAGCAAAAAGAAAAAAUUAUAUAUAUAUAUAUAGAUCUAUUACACACACGCAUACACACAAGUAUCUGCGUUUGAGGAAGACGAUACGUUCGUCACGUACGUGUGAGCGUGCCGCGCUCGACGAGAUACGUCGGUUUCGCGAGGAACGAAAAGAAGAAGUCUUUCCAAUUUGCGCAGCGUGAGUCGUAUCCCGCAGGAAUCAGAUCGUUACGAGACUCAGCUGUACUGUCUUUCGAGUCGUAGAAAAUUCGAUUAUAUUUCUUAUCACGGUGUAGAAACGGCGAAUCUCGUCGGCGCUGAGCACUGCCAUACGUAAGAAGCUGUAUCGUUAGGUCGACACGGAGCGGAGGCGAGCGGUUGGAGAAGGUUGGGAGAACACGACGCUUUUCUGCGCACGGGUUAAUUAAUUAUCCUGGUUCUCCGAGAAUGUGUUAAUUACUGUAGCAUAUCCCACGUGGUGAUGGUACACAAGUGAUUCUAGUUGUUUUAAUCGUAAGAUAGAUGAUACGUGUUUCGUUUUCAUCGUUUCUUCCCUCUGUCUCUCUCCUUCCAUCUUCAUCACUCACUCACCUGAUCUAUCUAUCUACCUAUACCUACCCUACCUGCCUGUCUAUCUGUCUAUCGACCUAUCUCUACCUAUUUCUAUCUAUCUCUUGUUUAGCGUGUAGCUAAAGAAUCAAUCCGGCCACGCGAGGAGUGCGCGGAAGGCGUCGCGACGCGACUCUAUCUUUUUCUUCUUUCAAGAUAUAUCCGCUGGCCCUACGUCGGCGGCUCGGGGUGCGAACGAUGGACGGGCCCAUCCCGAGGAUCAUUCGCCGUGUAGCGAACAAAUUUUGUACAGGAUGCCCUCUUGUAAAAUAUACUUUAAGACGCAUCGAGUCAUCCUGGCAAACGGUUGAUGAUUACUGUCUUCGACGCGGGGUUCAUCAGCGUGGAGCUCGAGGUGAUAGAUGAAACGAAUCGUCCGGCGAUCGGAUCGCGUAGUUUCCUAAGUGCACACAGAUGGGCGCGUGCAUCGUCGACGUUAAUCGUAGGCGUCGUAAGCGAAAUGUUACAUGUACACGACACGAGGAUACGAUCAUCGUGCUUAAACGUAAGCUAGCUGCAUAGGCUCGCGUGCACUGGCCCCUCCCCCUACCCUUCCCCCAUUUCUUUUUAAGUUUUUAGAUGUUUAUUUUGUCCACCGUGAAAACGGUGAUGCCGAUCGAGAGAGCAAAAGUGGAACCGGCGAAGAAACACGCGCUUUUUCGAUAAUGAAAUAUUUUUAAUGAGAUAACUUCCGUGGAUCAACGCGAGAUUGAACGGCGUUCCUGAGAAAGAGAACGACUUCUGUUCGUUGCACAAUUGCUGACAAUAAAUUGUACAGUUUGUGCGUUUUUAACAUUGCGCGUGAGCGAGACGAACUAAAACGACGAGUGGGACUUGUAACUCGCAGUCGUCACGUUGAUUUUUAAGAACACUUUGACGGAGUUACAAACGCUCGAAUGAAACUUUCCUGAUUUCGUUCAACGUUCGCGUAUACCGGCGAUACGUAACAAUCUGACUUUUCUUUCGAGAUACUUGACAUGGAAAUUUUGUACAACGCGUAUCGUUUUAUCGGCCGAGACAGUGAGAUACGGUGUAACGGAAUUUCGAUUCGCAUGUGACCGACGACAAACUCGCUUUAGAUAACGUAGGACGAUUUCGCCGACCGAACGCGAAAGCAUAUUUUAUUCUCUAGUGACACUCUCCAAAUCUAUCGAGCGUUUUAUAUUAAAUAUUUACUUGUUGUACCAGUUACUUUUCGUACGUCCGUUACAUUGCAUAAAAUUGUAUACGUAAUUUCGUCGUAGGGCCCAUUCCGCGGAUAGACUGUUGCACGUUCAUGCGCGAGCGCAAUAAUUCGAUAUUGUCCGAUGCCUUAUAUCGUCGUUCGAGUGAUUUGUCGCGCGCGAAAUCAUCUGGUUGCAGUUCUUCACGAUUGCCUUGUACAUUUUGGCAGAGAAACGUUGCGUUGAUGAAUUCCGAGCGAUAUUCGCGAUGAAUUACCACUGAAUCGACAUCUCGCGUCGUCAAAAUUAGCGAAUCCUUCGCCUUCGUCCAUCCAGAUUCGUGAAUAGUUUAGACUAGGCGCACAAAAUUUUCUUUCCGGAAAUGUUGACUGUUAAAGCAGUCAUUAUACGUGGCUUGUUUCUCGGCAAGGAAAUUAGAACGGUAUUGCGGAUGGCAGUACGAACGGAGAAUUUCACGUUUGAUUGUAUACGAAUUUUCUCGCCUCAUUCUUAUGCAUUAACGUAGAUCGCAAAGAAGUUUUUUCAGUCGUCUACAAUACUUACUUGAAGAUUAGCGCGAGCCGGUAUCAAUACGCUCGUGCGUGUGUGUCUGCUUGUCACGCACACUCGUCAUCAUUAAGGGCGAUACGACAAUUUUUAUAAAGACGAGAGAAAUUAUCUUUCUGCAUUCUUGCUAUUUACUCUUGAAAUAUCCGAGAUGAUCACGAGUCGCAGACGGACGACAGUGCUUUUGUUACGACGUCGCGCGUGCUAGCGAUACAAAUUGGAUUGUCUCCUUUUUGAUCUUCUCUGUUCGAGCUUCUCGCCAUUAUUAAUGAUACUGAGUGUGUGGUAUGAUGUGGAUCUCGGCACAAGUUAUUGGCCUAUAAGAAGCGCGUUAGCAGCAUGAUUGACAUACACCGCAAUCCGAUGAUAGUAAUAAAUAAAAUAAUAGAGAAUUAUCUAGCAGCGCGACAGACGCGGUCGCUGGCUUUGCUCCAAAUAGAAUGGUAAGAAAAUGAGAUAGAGGACACACCGCCGCGUCUUCGAUGAAUAAUCGUCCGAUCCACUUUAAAAAAAAAGAAGAACAUGAGAAAGAUUAGGUAUGACCAACACAAGAAACCUAUUGUAUCACAUUUCGAGAAAUAUAUGUAUUUGUUAUUGUUUUAAUUGAA